ACAUGAUCUUCGAUAGGGCUUUAAUCCUAUCCUUGCUUUCACAAUGUCAAAGGUAGAAGAAGAAAGAGGGUCAGCAGAAGAGUAUACUGAAGAUGGAAGUGUGGAUCUCAAGGGCAGGCCCGUGUUGAGAUCAAACACUGGUAGAUGGAAAGCUUGUUCUUUCAUUGUUGGAUAUGAAGUGUUUGAGAGGAUGGCAUAUUACGGUAUAGCAUCGAACCUGGUGCUGUAUUUGACGAAUAAGCUCCACGAAGGAACUGUAACAUCGGCAAACAACGUCAACAACUGGGUCGGAACAGUGUGGAUGACCCCGAUUUUAGGCGCUUACAUUGCGGAUGCUCAUCUGGGUCGCUACUGGACUUUUGUUAUUGCAUCAGCCAUUUAUCUCACAGGAAUGUCGCUGCUAACCUUGGCAGUUUCCGUGCCUGCCUUGAGGCCUCCAUCAUGUGGUAAUGGGAUCAAAGAAGAAGACUGCAACGUAAGAGCCUCACUUUUGCAGAAAGGCUUAUUCUAUUGUGCACUGUACAUAAUUGCAAUAGGAACCGGCGGAACCAAGCCCAACAUUUCCACCAUGGGUGCAGACCAGUUCGAUGACUUCGAGCCCAAGGAAAGGGUUCAAAAGCUAUCCUUUUUCAACUGGUGGAUGUUCAGCAUUUUCUUCGGCACCCUCUUCUCCAACACUUUCUUGAUCUACAUACAAGACAAUGUGGGGUGGAACAUUGGUUAUGGCCUACCAACAGUUGGUCUAAUGGUCUCUAUCUUGGUGUUCUUAGUGGGAACUCCAUAUUACAGACACAAAUUGCCUUUGGGUUCUUUUACCAGGAUUUUCCAAGUGCUUGUGGCUGCAGUCAGCAAGUGGAAUGUGCCUGUUCCAAGUGACCCUAAAGAGCUUCAUGAGCUUAGCUUGGAAAAUUACUCAAAAUCUAUGAAAUUCAGAAUUGAUCACACCCCCUCAUUAAGAUUCCUUGACAAAGCUGCGGUAAAGAGAGGGCCAAACUCACCAUGGAUGCUGUGUCCAGUGACCCAAGUUGAAGAAACCAAGCGGAUGGCGAAAAUGAUCCCAAUUUUGACAGCAACAUUCAUUCCAAGCACCAUGUUAGCUCAGGUGGCAACAUUGUUUGUCAAACAAGGAACCACUCUUGACCUUACAAUGGGACCCCAUUUCAAAAUCCCUCCGGCUUGUCUCACUGCAUUCGUUACCAUCUUCAUGUUGAUCAGCAUUGCCAUAUACGACCGCUUGUUCGUCCCAACAGUGAGGCGUUACACCAAGAACCCCAGAGGGAUCACAUUACUUCAAAGAAUGGGAAUUGGCCUUGUUCUGCAGAUCACCGUUAUGAUAACUGCUUGCUUCGUUGAAAGGAAGAGGAUCAGUGUCGCGCGAGAGAAUCAUAAACUCAAUAAAGACGACAUAGUUCCUCUCAGUAUUUUCAUACUCCUACCACAGUUCGCUUUGAUGGGGGUUGCCGAUUCAUUCGCCGAAGUUGCGAAGAUUGAGUUUUUCUAUGACCAAGCACCAGAUGGGAUGAAAAGCCUUGGGACCUCCUAUUUCACUACCAGCUUAGGAGUUGGACAUUUCCUUGGCAGUUUCAUUUUGACCACGGUUUCUGAUCUGACAAAGAGAUACGGCCAUAGAGGAUGGAUCUUGAACAACCUCAACAUUUCUCGCAUAGACUAUUAUUAUGCCUUGUUGGCUUCCCUGGGUAUCCUCAACUUCAUCUUCUUCCUGUUUGUGGCCAAUUCUUUUGUUUAUAAUACAGACGAGACUCAAAAGGAUUUGCAGGAAGCCAUUGAAGUUUCACCCGACAAAGCUUCACCUAAAGAUCCAGCCUUGGAAGCCGGUCCAAUCUGAUGAAAUCCCUUGUAAUUUUCUCUCA